AAAAACAAUUCGAGACGUCUGUCUGCGCCUGCACGCUUUCUCCCGGCUGGUGAAAGUGAAACCAUUGAAUUGGAAGCAUUACAUGCUUAAGACGGUCUUAGUUUAGUUUGAUUUAGUUUAGUUUAGUACGUGAUUGUAUAAGCAUGUUUUUGAGUCAGCUCCCUGACGAUGUCCUCUAUCACAUAUUGUCUUAUUUGGACUGGAAAACACUCAGUCGCCUUUCUCAGGUUUCUAAAGCCAUCUUUCAUUUUGUCAGCCGUGACUCAGUGUGGAAGAAGAUGGCUAAAGACAUGGUAAACACCGGAAUCUCUCCGAACGGAACCGACCUGUAUCCUCACAUCUUGCUGAAGGAGAGAGUGAAGCUAUCUCAAAACUGGUGUGCUGGCGUCUGUAAAAGAGAUACUCCUCUGAAAUGGAAGACAAAAUUGUUGCCAUGGUUGCAGCUGGAUGGGGACACACUCUUCUUGUCUCAGGCUGCAGACAUCAGAGCAUAUCGUCUGCAACAGAAGUGCAGGAGGACUCUGCGUAAGCCAGUUGAAAUAUACUCAGGCCACCGGGCGGACGUCUGUAAAUUUGUUGUGACCGACUCGCACCUGAUCAGCGGUGGAAGCGAUGGCAAGAUUGUGGUUCACAAUAGGAGGACUCACAAUUCAACUCAGUUGUCAGGUCAUCACCAGGAAAUAAACUGUAUUGACUCAAAAGAUGGACUCAUCAUCAGUGGAUCCAGAGAUCAAACUACCCGGGUCUGGUCUUUGGCUUCUGACUGCCAAAAACAUGUAAUCCCCUUGUAUGACAGAGUGUGGUCUGUAGCAAUCAAUCCUGCACUGAGCUCCUUUGUAACUGGCACUGCAUGUUGUGAGAACUCGUCCCCUCUUCGCAUCUGGGAUGUUGAAAGAUUGGAGUGUGUCUGCUGUCUGGGUUCAGAGUUCCGCAGAGGUGCGGGUGUGUUGGAUAUGGUGUUUGAGACGCCUUUUCAUCUCCUCACCUGUGGCUACGACACCUUUAUUCGACUCUGGGACCUUCGCCUGAGUCCGCAGAAGUACGUAAUGGAGUGGGAAGAGCCUCAUGACAGCGCCUUAUACUGCAUUCAGACAGAUGGAAAUCACAUGAUAGCAAGUGGCUCCUCCUACUAUGGUGUUGUUCGACUCUGGGACAAAAGAAAGACGGAAUGCUUACAGUUCUUCCAGUUGGGCUCAAAGCCAGUGAGCAGUCCAGUGUACUCUCUGCAGUUCAGCAGCUCUCACCUGUUUGCAGCAUUGGCCACUGCACUUCACUCCUUAGACUUCACACAACACCAUAACAUCAAGAUCACAUGACACUGCCUAUCCAUCCAUUUUCUACACAUGCAACAAUAAAUCAAACAUUAAAGAUAUGUAU